CCGGCCAGGGAGUCAGACACGGGCAAGGGGAAGUGGAGGUUUUGACCGGGGGCUGUGCUUCCCCCUCGGGUGGGACCUGAGUCCCCUGGCUCCCCGAGGUGCUCCCUGCCCCAGCUCCUGACAGCAGAGCCCGUGGACUCAUGGUCUCAAGAUUUCUCCUGGUGCUCGCCCUCUGGGUGGGCAGCUUAUCCUGCAGUGGGAGAGAAGCAGCCCCCGCCCAGCCCAGGGUGAGGUGCCGGGCCUCUAGGUACCCAGUGGCUGUGGAUUGCUCCUGGACCCUGCCGCCCGCUCCGCACUCCGCCACGCCCGCGUCCUUCAUUGCCACGUACAGGCUUGGCGUGGCUGCCCACGGGGAGAGCAGGCCCUGCCUCCAGCCGACCCCUGAGGCCACCAGCUGCAUCAUCCCGGACGUCCAGAUGUUCUCCACGGUGCCGUAUAUACUCAACGUCACGGCGGUUCAGCCCUGGCCCAGCAGCAGCUUUGUGCCCUUUGUUCCAGAGCGUAUCAUUAAACCAGACCCUCCAGAAGGCGUCCGCCUGAGCCCCCUCCCCGGGCAGCGGCUGUGGGUGCAGUGGGAACCCCCCCGGUCCUGGCCCUUCCCGGAGAUCUUCGCACUCAAGUACAGAAUCCGAUAUAAGCAUCACGGGUCGCCCCGCUUCCGCCAGGUAGGGCCUAUUGAAGCCACAUCCUUCACCCUUAGGGUUGUGAGACCCCAAGCCAGGUACUGCAUCCAGGUGGCUGCUCAGGACCUUACCGACUAUGGGGAAAUGAGUGACUGGAGUCUCCCUGCUGCUGCCUCCAAGCCCAUGGGCAAAUAGUGGGGCUUGCCAGCCCCCACCCCGCCCAGAAGAGGGGCUGGGUCCUUGACAUCCGCCCCCACUGCCACCCACUCAAGGACGGAUGGGACCCAACCGGCCUGGGUUUGCUACUGCCGAGUUGCUGGGCAACUUUUAACAAAUGACUUCGCCUUUCUGAGCCUCAGUUUGUCAAUCUGUGCAAUGGGGAUGUACUUCUUCCUUAGACCGCAGUGCAAGGCCCUGUGAACUGUGAACCUGAGAUGCUUUUUAUUGUUUAACUAAAAAAAGAUUGUUGCUGGAGUCAGGACUCCU